AUGGAAGAGGGCUCGCCGCACACCCCCUCCCAACCCUCCCCUGUGCGCCCUCCGCCGAAGAGGACAAAGGCCAACAAGGCGCGUGAGGAACGAGGUCAACCUUACCCUCAGGCCACACCGACAAAGGAAGCCGGGGAAAAACACCUGCCCCCACGCCCGGGCUCGCAAUCACCAACAGCAUACCCUGCGGACCCCCACAUCGCCCCACCUACCCUCCCCGCCCUACACGGGGAACUGUUCACACCGCCCCAAGCGCCAACGGGUAUCCUCACCCCCUACGGUCUACGACUGCCACCACCCACUCCUCCUCCCACCCCGGCCGCGAUCCGUGAGCCCGCUCCACCCAGCCAGCCUCUACUGAGCGAACACCCAACCCCGCUAGCGCUCCCUCACACACACCCGAGCACACCAACACACCUGCAGGCCACGCAGGCCACCCUGCUCCCACCGUCCGAGCAGCCACCACUGCUACUACCCGCGCCACCCCCCUGGCGCACAGAAACCCACCUGCUCACACAACAAAGCCGGAACCCGCCACCACCUCCCCAAGAGGACCUUGUCAUGGAGGAGGCCGACAUGCUUGGGUCGGAAAACGGAGAGGAGAGAGCCAUAGGUGUGAUCCCAGUCUUCGACCCGGAGAACGACCCAUACGACCCCACGAGAGACCUCGCGCGCGGGGCAGGGUACCAAGAGAACCCGCACCUCCAAUACACGCGACAAGGCAACGUCCCGGCAGAACCCCUUCUCCCUCACCCCUUCUACGCGCGCGGCCCAUUCCCCAACAUCCACCUCCCACUCUACCUCGUCUUCGCCGGCUGCAUAGCCGAUUUCCAGACCCAUACCCUUAGUGAGGCGACAAAGUCCAUAAUCCUUGUCCUCACCCCUCACGGAGCAGGGAAGGGCUGGAAUGAAAACGCGGCAGCCACGAUCGAGGAAAUCAAGAGGUUCUUCGGCCUCAUCGCCUUCGACGAGAACAACCGAAUGCCCUACAACGUCCGAAUCAGGAUGGCGCUACGGAGGGAACCCUACCACGAGUCCUCCACCUUUGCGGCACCCCAUUCCCUCUUCAUUCGUCUCCCUCCAAAUGCCAUUGCUCUCCGCGACCACCUUCUCGCCCAACAGACCUUUGGGGUCUCCGAAUCAAAGGUCUCCUUCUCGAUCACCCCGCUCGAUGCUGGUGCUCUGGUGCAAAUGUACUCGCGACUGCUCCAGAGUGCUCUGGAGAGGGUGCUCGGAGCUACUCCAGAGCACGGCGCCAAGACUCCAGAGCACGCGGGAGCCGCCUGCCGAGCUCCGGGAUCCUCCAUAAAAGGGUACUUGUCUCAGGCUGCUCCGGCUACUCUCGAGACUCUGGUGCACUCUGGAGACAAGUUGUUUCUGCCUGAUGUGGUAGUCGCCCAGCGCGUGCUCGCCCUCGAAAAAAUCAAACAGAUUGCGCGCGCAGACAGCCGCCUCAAGGAGGCGAUCUCGGAAGGGUGUCAGGCCGACUUCCCGAACGACACCCCACCAGAGCUAGUCAACCGAACGAUCGACUCCUUUGACCUCCUCCGAAACACCUACCUCAACGAUCAAGGGUUCACUGUAGCCAAGUACACCCUUUUCGUCCGCCCCCCGAACCAGCUCAAAGUCGACAUCAAGAUCUGGAAAGCGAUCUGGUCGACGACGAGGUACCACUACAUCUCCCUCGGCUGGGAUAACCUCGCUGCCCUCAAGCCCCCAGAUCUAGCAACUCUGGCCACCUGGCCCCGCAAGCCGGGUAUGCAAGUCACCUACCACGCGACGAACACAACUCAAACCACAGAAGAAGACUCCUGGCAGCUACUGCAGCAACCCCGGCAUCCCCUCGGCAACGGCAUCAUGGCGGCGUCGCGCUCUGGACGGGGCGAGGACGCGCACACGGCGAGAGGCAUAUGCUACAAGAGCGCGAAGAUCAAACCCCCUCACGCCGACAGGCCGUCCAGGACCAAGCGCAACAUAGCGAUGGUCCUCAUGCGGUGGGUCUGA